AUGGACUUACUGGUUUUUGAGAAAUCUAACAUUACAAAGGACUACUAUUGGAUUUUUGAUGAAAUUCCUGAUAUGCCUAUUAGAGAUCUAUUAAAUCUUAUUGCUUCAUCAAGUGUUACUAAAAUGAAAGUGGGAUUUUUUCGACAGUUUCCUGUGUUAAAUUUUGACGAUCUGUCAAAACAUGAAUUGCAAAAGGGCACUCAGUUAUUGAUUAAAUCUGCAUUGCAUGGAGAAACGCAUAGUUUGCCUGAACGUGUAACUAUUGCAGCUUAUAUGAUAAUGAUUAGCAGUCAGAUAGCAACCUUUAUAAAAUCAUUUAACAGUUCAUACUUGAACCGUAGUGGUAUAAGUUGCCAUCAAAUCAACCCAAUUGUGGACGACUUUGGUGGUAGGUUGUUUUAUAACUUUCUCAGUCAUAGGUCUGGGACUAAUGUCUGGAAAUCUUUAUGGUUUUACUCACUCGAAACGUUUGAUGAUGCAAUGAAAAAUUUUAUAUCCACUGCUCAUUACACUCCUGAUGACAAUAUGAAACUUACAAGUAAAGGAAUGAAAAUUAAGCAAAGAAGCUUGGAAAGUGGUCUAUUUUCAACUGUCUUUCAGUCAUUUAAUAACAAAAUUCUUCGAAUAUCAACAAUUCUCGAUCCUCCAUUUGUUGUGACUGGUCAAGUAAUUGAAAACGGAGAAAUAAUCAACGCUUCAGGAUUUGCGAUUGAUAUACUAAAUGAAUUGGCUAUGCAUUUCAAUUUUAGAUAUCGCCUUUUCUUACCACAGAACGGUACGUAUGGCUCACUGGAUGAAAAAGGAGAUUGGGAUGGCAUGAUGGGUGAAUUGGUAAAUGGACGAGUUGAUAUGAUAGCUGCUGGUUUGACAAUCAAUCCAAGAAGAUCGAAUUAUGUGGAAUUUAUUGGUCCGAUUGUUGAAGAUACAGUUGGAAUACUUGUAAAACCAUCAACAGCAAAUUAUCUUUUCUUUCAAAUGUUUCAUCUAUUUCAAAUUAAUGUUUGGAUAGCAAUUACUAGUUCAGUGGUUAUUCUUGGAACAACAGUUUGGUUAUUCAAUAGGUAUAGUCCAUUCAGUGGAUGGAAUUUACAACUUCCAGAAGCUAACUCAAAUGAGGUAUCUCUUUCCUACAAUAUAUGGAUUUCACUACGUUGUAUGCUUCUACAAGGACAAGAAGGCAGAUUAUUCUGUUUUUCGUCACGCACUUUGUGCUUAAUGUAUUGGUUUAUGAUUUUAGUUGUACACGCUAUAUGGCAGGCUGAUUUAACAGCAUUUCUAACAAAAAACAAUCUUGAGCUUCCAAUUAGUUCGUUAAAGGACUUGGCACACAAUGAUAAGAUUGUAGUAUUAACUAUGAAAGGAACUAGUACUUACAAUAUGUUUCAGGUCUCAGUAAAUAAUACAUUUUAUGAAUCCAUAUAUAGAAAGCUGGUUGCAAAUCCUGUUAGUGUAUAUAGUACAGACGAAGCAGUGAAGCUGGUGAUAAAGUUUAAUAAUUAUGUCUAUAUAACUGAAAGAUUAUUUCUUAUGAGUGUACUGCAAUCAGAGGAAUGUUCAAAUCUGGAAGUGAUAGAAGAGCCUGGGAUUGUAGCUGCUCUUGGAUUCGCUGUGCAACUUGGAAAAGAGUAUGCAAAACCUAUGUCAUCUUAUAUGCUAACUUUGAGAGAGCGAGGCAUAAUCAACAAAUUCAUGGUAAAAUGGAAUAUGACUUCUGAUGUUGAUCCUAUGGAUGUGCAAUACCAAGCUCUGACAAUAUGGAAUGUCGCCGGGGCAUUCAUCGUCACCUCAGUUUUUACUGGGAUAAGUCUGCUUAUUCUACUCGUUGAAUGUAUAUGGUAUAGAUGGAGAAAUAGAAAAAAUAUGGACACUAACAAUAACAAUAAUAAUAAUGGUAGAUAA